AUUCUCUGCCUCUGCAUUGGUGAGUGUGUGCAGCUUGUCUCUGUGAUUGCUUGUGCAGUUUCGUGAGUGUGCCGCUGUCACCGAGCUUGCUGCUCCCCGGUGUGGCAUGGCCAGAGCACAGCAGGACGGCAGCUCCCCAGAGCCAGUAGAGGGUCUGCCCCGGGAGGGCCCCAGAACCUUUCCCCUGGGGCGGCUCAUGCCCUCCGCAGUCUCCUGCAGCCUCUGCGAGGCUGGGCUGAACCCUUCUGGUGACUCCAUGUGCCCAGCCCCUGGCCCCGCGUUGGCACCCCCUUCUCUCCUGCCCCUCGCCUACUUCUGCACUCGACAGCCCCGUUCCUAUGGGGGCCCCCGCUGGGCCCGGGUGGCCAGGAGCCCGGCCCCCGGCAGCCAGGGCCAGAGCGGCUCCCAGCCCUCCUUGGGUGAAAGUUCUGCACAGGACCAGGAGGAGGGAGGACAGGAAGUCUCAGAGCCCCAGGGAGCGUCCCCGAUGUCUGGUGGCCCCCCAGGGGUGUUAGGCCCAGACCAUGGGGACCAAGGAGAGCAGCAAGACCGGGAGAUUGGGGCCCAGCUCCGGAGGAUGGCUGAUGACCUCAAUGCUCUGUAUGAGCAGCGGAGACAAGAGGAGGAGCAAAGACGUCAUCUCUCUCCCUGGAGGCUUCUCUACAAUCUUAUUUCAGGGCUCCUGGCCCCACACCGAGGGAACCGGAUCCCCGAGAUUGAGCCCAACUAGCCUCCAGUGCCCACCUUGCAGGAUACCAUGCGUUGGGGGGUGCAGCUGGAGGAGCUCUGCAGGGCAGGACCUUCCACCCCCCCUUCCUGUGGACUCUUGGCAAAAUGUAGCAUAUCAGAGAUGGGCUCAGAUGCCCACUUUGGGGGGCCUGGGUCGGGGCGAAUGACUCUGGGUCCAGCACUGGAAAAAGCCCCUGCCUGGAUUGCUUGGGAGAACAGUUUUGGGGGGGGCGGGGGGCGGUUCUGACUCACUGGAG